GUUAAAUCUAUAAAAAAAAAUUAAAAAUAUAUGUAUUUAAAAAAGGAAAGAAAAUACACGCAUAUAAAAGAAUACAACUACAGGCCAUCGAGAAUACACGUCAUUAUUGUUUUAGCCGUGUAAUUAAUUAUUAGACAGUGAUUAAUUAUUAAAAAUAAAUAGAUAGCGAAUAGAGCCAGCUCUUCAUCUCCUUUAACUGAUCCAGCAAAUAAAAGGCCUCACAAAACGCAUUCUUAUAUAUAUUUGGCUAACCAUGCAUGCAUUCUUUGUGGAUAUAUACUUCAUAAUUCUCUCUCUUUCUCUCACCAUUGGAGGUUGUCUUUAACAUGUUUGGCAUAGGAGGUUUAUGUAAAGCAUAUGGAUCACUCGUCUCAAAACGACAUCAUCACCAUCAUGACAAGAAGCAUCCUUCUCCUAACGAACCCAAGCCCGAUCAAUCUGAUGACAAAUUCAAAUCAACAUUCAAGGAUUUGAACGAUCAAAGCAAUGAAAGAAGAGCCACAAAUGGCGUCGAUGAUCACUUCAGAUCCAACGGCGAGGGAAUGCAAGGCGGCGAUGAUCCGGGAUCUCCUAAUCAUAGGGUCAACAAUUACUUUACAUCAUCGCCAUGUCCCUCUCCCUUGUCAAGAAGCUCAAGCCCUAAUAAUCUCUCAAGAAACUCUUCUCUCUCAAGAAGCACGAGCCGGCGGAGCCGAAACCCGAUGCCUGUGGUGGCAGCUGGCCGUCUCUUGAAAAGCAUAAGCCGGAAGAACGGCAAAAGAACUGCAUCCCCCGAAGGAGGCUCACUCUCGAGGAGCUCGAGCCGGAACGACUCCACAUCUACCGUCCCUGCAGGCGGAGGAGGUUCACUCUCAAGGAGUGUUUCAAAUCGGAAGGUAAUGACACCCAUCAUGUAUUCAAACUCAACAGGGUUGAUCAAACCACCAGCAAUCGAGAAGAACCUCGAGUGCACCCUUGAGGAGUUCUGUUUUGGAAGCGUCAAGAAGAUCAUGAUCACAAGAGACGUUAUAACGAGCAAUGGCCAAACAGUAAAAGAAGACGAAGAAAUGCUAACAAUCAAAGUGAAGCCAGGAUGGAAAAAAGGAACAAAAAUUACAUUCGAAGGUAUGGGAAAUGAGACACCUGGCACUGAACCAGCUGACAUAAUCUUUGUGAUUGGAGAGAAAAGGCACCCAUUGUUUCGGAGAGAAGGUGACGAUUUGGAGUUGGGAGUGGAAAUACCGCUGGUGAAAGCUCUUACUGGCUGCAACAUUUCUGUCCCUCUGUUAGGUGGGGAGAAGAUGAACUUGACGAUCGACGAUAUCAUACAGCCUGGCUAUGAAAAGAUCAUUGCAGGGCAGGGCAUGCCAAAGCCGAACGAGGAAGGAAACAGAGGAAACUUGAUAAUCAAAUUCCUAGUUCAGUUUCCUACAGAACUGACAGACGAACAACGAGCCAAUGUUUUUCAAAUUUUACAGGAUUCUUGUUGACCAUGAAUUGGGUUCUAUAC